UUUAUUCUAGAAAAUGAUGAACCAAUACAUUUUAAUUACGGAGAAGAUCAAACACGUCACGACGAAAAUUACAAACAUGAAAUUGAAUAUGAUGAGAAGCUGAGGGCAGAUGAAGAUAUUUCUAUAAUGAUCUGGUGGACUCCUUUCACGAUGGUAAAUCAAACACGCAAGUGUAAUCUGGGAGAUUGUUAUGUAACUGCCGACCGCACAAUGCAAAAUGAUAAUCGUACUCGAGUGUUUUUAUUUUAUGGAACAGACGUUCAUGCGAGUGAUGUACCACUACCUCGUAAAGGUAAGAUAGAGAGUAGUAGAGAGCUUAAUUAAGCUUUUAUAGUAGAAAGCUUAAGCUUCGCGUUAUACGGCAAACGCCAGGCAAAGAAAUUGAGUGGGGAGAUGAUCAAGGGGGCACGACUGGCGCGUAAUGCCGCCGAGCAAGUGGGGAUACCAUAUUUGGUCUUAUUUAAUUCAAAAUCCUUAUUUCGAUCAUACUGCUGUAGUGCUGUCAUUUAAUCCAAUGAGCAUUUAAAUAUCUGGGGGUGCAAAUUACUCUAGGUUAGGUGGGAAAACGUUUUGAGUGGACACAAAACAUUUUUUGGCGGGGGAGGGUGUGCACCCCCUGCACUAUGCUCUCGCAAUGUAUAGUGGGGCUGACUGCGAAUUAGUUUUUGGCCACCUGCAAAAAUGAAAAUAUACAAGCAUGGAUCAGAUCUGAGUUGUGUCUGCCAAUUUCACUACUUUCGAAUUGUCCAUGCAUAUAGACCAUAUUUUGUUAUACACCAGUGAACUAUACGAUAUAUACAUACAGUUCAUAGUGAACUUUAUAUAUAUAUAUGUAAUGUUUUUGUUGUUACUCUGAGUGUAUAUCCACACCGGGCAGGCUGAAAAGUUAGCCUGACCACGAUGGGAAUCGAACCCGCGACCUGCCCCGUGUGGAUAUACACUCAGAGUAACAACAAAAACAUUAUAUUCACCUGAGUACAUAACAUCAAAACACACACAAGAAAUAUAUACAUAUAGUUCAGUUAUAUAGUUCAGUGUUAUACACUGGGUACUACUGAAUGGGAGUCGGGGUGUACAACCUGGUGAAAUAUAUAGUCAAGUUUUCCUCUUUGUUUGGAAUUAUCGUAGAAAAUAAAGUAUUACAACAAAGUGAAUAAACAAAUUGUGGACCAUUGUAACAAUUGUGGAUCAGUGAUCUUUAUUAAAAUAUUUUCUUAGCUAAUCAUGAGUGGGCUCUGUUUCACGAAGAAUCUCCAAAGAAUAAUCCAAUUUUAUUUCACGAGGAUACAAUCGUAUUAUUUAAUCACACUGGCACAUUUCGUCGCCAUUCCGACUUCCCUCUUGUGAUGCAAUCCCUGGACUCUAUCCAUGUUUUAGAGCAGAAGCCUUGGUAUACAUUGCAAGAAAAGACAAGUGAUAAAAACAGGGCAUCUGUUGUUUACGUACAAAGUGCUUGCAACGCACCUUCAGAUAGGGAUACUUACGUGCAAGAAUUGAUGAAAUACAUAAAAGUUGAUUCAUUCGGCAAUUGUCUUAACAAUAAGGAACUUCCUGAAGAGUACAGGAAUCCUUUAACAUUUUCAAACAAGGGUUUCUACAAAAUAAUCGGUAAGUACAAAUUUACAUUAGCUUUUGAGAACGCAAUUUGCGAUGAUUAUAUAACGGAGAAGAUAUGGAGACCACUCGAGGUUGGGUCUGUGCCUAUAUACCGUGGUUCACCGUCUGUGAUAGACUGGAUGCCGAACAAUCAUUCUGUGAUUGUUGUGGAUGAUUUCCCCAGUCCGAAAGAUUUGGCAGAAUAUAUCGAACAAAUUGAUGCUGAUGAUGCUUCGUAUUUAAAGUACUUGGAAUUCAAACAAAAAGGUGGUGUAACCAACCCAACACUUUUGAAACAUAUGAAAGAGAGAGAAUGGAACAUGGUUGAUGGAGAUGGUAGCUUUGUGACUGGUUUUGAAUGUUUGGUUUGUGAUAGACUACACGAGAAUUUAAAGAGACAAAAAUCAGGUUUACCAAUUACAAAACAUGUGGCUAAUCAGAAUCACUAUGGUUGUCCAAGGCCAGUUCAGUUUAAGUAUCCUCCAGUAAAACAUGUCGAACAGUUUGAACGAGACAUGUGGCAAAUAGAAUUUGAUGAACAUAAGAAAAUAGCCAAAGCUUUGAACAAGGCUGUUCUUUCCGGUGAGAAAGAUUUUAUCGCUGACAAGGAUAUGUAUGAUAAUACAUGGAAUGGAUGGGUUUAAAAGAUUACGCUUUUGGUUGUCGAUGAAUUUGGAAAGUCAGAAGGCUUCCUAGAAAAUAUUAAACAGUUAAAGAAUGUGAACUGAUUUGUACAUGAAAGUGAACACUCGUAUAGAUUUAUAGUUUGUUCGUUCACUGCAACCAGGUAUAUCAAUCAUGUUUCGCUCGCUACUCUGGUUUAAAUGAUUACAAAGCCCAGUCGAAUUGU